GCCCCCCCCCCCCCCGGCGCCCCCACCCCCCGUCUGCCGUGACGUCUCCCUCUUCUUCUCCCCACUUCUCCCCUACUUCCCCCCUCGCUUCGCGGUACGCACCUCGCGCACGCCGCCCGCAACUCGGCUCACACAACUUGCUGGACAGAAGGGGUAGUGGAGCACGGCGGAACAGUGAGGGAAGAUUCCCUUGGGAUCUCCUCGGCCGGGAAGGGAAGGGGAGCGCGCGAUGGCGGGGGACGGCGGCGGCGGGAUCGACUGGGAGAGCCUCGCGGAGGCCACGUCCGGGGCGGUCGGCUCGCUCGUCAGCACCACCGUGCUCUACCCGCUCGACACCUGCAAGACCAAGUUCCAGGCCGAGCUCCAGACGCAGCAAGGCGCGCACAAGUAUAGGAACCUUUCAGAUGUCUUUUGGGAAGCAGUUCGUAAAAGGCAAUUUUUCUCCCUAUAUCAGGGCCUCAACACAAAGAACAUUCAUUCUUUUAUUUCGUCGUUCUGUUACUUUUAUGGUUAUAGCUACUUUAAAAGACUCUACAUGGAGAAGACUGGAGCAAAGUCUAUUGGAACAAGAGCCAACUUGUUAGUUGCAGCUGCUGCUGGUGCUUGCACAGUUAUUGUGACACAGCCACUAGAUACAGCUUCUUCUAGAAUGCAAACAAGUGCCUUUGGAAAGUCUAAAGGGCUGCGGGAAACUCUUGCAGAGGGUACUUGGAUGGAAGCAUUCGAUGGCUUGGGCAUUUCCCUUAUAUUGACCUGUAAUCCUUCUAUUCAGUACACUGCAUUUGAUCAGCUCAAGCAAAGGCUAAUUCUGAGGCAGAGACGUAAAAAUGCAGAAUCAGCAGAGGAUUCGUCCCGAGUUGCUCUUUCUGCUUUCUCAGCAUUUCUCCUUGGUGCCAUUGCAAAAAGUAUCGCAACAAUAUUUACUUACCCAUUAAUCAGGUGCAAGACCAUGAUUCAGGCUGCUGACCCUGAUGAGGAUGACGAUGAUGAAUCCGAAAGGCCAGGCAAAUCAAGAGCACCCAAAACAAUGUUAGGUGGCUUGCAUGCUAUCUGGAGCAAGGAAGGCAUUCCAGGCUUCUUCAAAGGUUUACAUGCUCAGAUAUUAAAAACAGUUCUGAGCUCUGCAUUGCUGCUGAUGAUAAAGGAGAAGAUUUCCAAGUUCACAUGGGUAUCACUGCUUGCCCUGCGGCGGUAUCUCUUUGUUUCUCAGAAGAGGAUCAAGAGUGCGUAAUAUCAAUAUUUUGGCUUCAAAAUACCGAUGAAAUUGCCCCCAUGGAAUAUUCGGUGGUCUUAUGGAAAGGAAUAAAGAGCAGAACUACAGAGGCAAAAUAGUGCAAUGCAUACGUGGGAUCACCUUUAUAUCGUCAGGGAACGUUCUUGAAUAAAUUUGUUCGUUCCUUUUUUCGUCUUCGAAUCUCUGAUAGCUAGAAAUUAGGUGUUGCUAGGAACUGCACUAUACUGUUGUGUUCGUUGUUGUAUGUAAUGCGUAGUAUAGCAGUGUUUUUGAUAUUCCACUUUUGGCAACAAAUAAAUCGUUUGCAAUGGAUGGUGUUAUGUAAGACGGUGUCGAGCAUUCAAGUUCAGAA